UGGUUCCCAUGGCGACGAGGACCCACGCGCCCCAACGGCUUAGCAACUGUUCUGUCCCAGACUUUGGUCAGGCCACUGGAGUCCGUCAGUUUCCCCAUUCCGACUGCUGCCCAAAGCCAAACGAAUCCUGGCCCACGGCAUGGGCGACCUGGAGCUGCUGCUGCCUGGGGAGGCUGAUGUGCUGGUGCGGGGCCUGCACAGCUUCCAGCUCCGGGAGAUGGGAUCCGAAGGGUGGAAUAAGCAGCAUGAGAACCUGGAGAAGCUGAACAUGCAAGCCAUCCUUGACGCCACUGUUAGCCAGGGUGAGCCCAUCCAGGAACUGCUGGUCACCCACGGGAAGAUCCCAACACUGGUGGAGGAGCUGAUUGCUGUGGAGAUGUGGAAACAGAAGGUGUUCCCGGUGCUAUGCAAGCUAGAGGAUUUCAAGCCCCAGAAUACUUUCCCCAUAUACAUGGUGGUACACCAUGAGGCCUCCAUCAUCAAUCUUCUAGAGACGGUGUUCUUCCACAAGGAGGUGUGUGAGUCAGCAGAUGACAAGGUAUUGGACCUCGUGGACUAUUGCCACCGAAAGCUGAUACUGCUGGUGGCCCGGAACGGCUGUGGUGACCCAUCUGAGGAGGAACGGCCCCAGGACAGUACCCCUAUGCAAGAGCUGCAGAAACAGGCCGAGAUGAUGGAAUUCGAGAUCUCACUGAAAGCCCUCUCGGUCCUCCGCUACAUCACAGAUUGCGUGGAUAGCCUUUCCCUGAGUACCUUGAACCGCAUGCUCAGUACUCACAACUUGCCCUGCCUCCUGGUGGAGCUGCUGGAGCACAGUCCCUGGAGCCGGCGGGAAGGAGGCAAGCUGCAGCAAUUUGAGAAUGGCCGCUGGCAGACAGUGGCCCCCUCAGAGCAGCAAAGGCUGAACAAGCUGGAUGGGCAAGUGUGGAUCUCGCUGUACAACCUGCUGCUCAGCCCUGAGGCCCAAGCCCGAUACUGCCUUACCAGCUUCGUGAAGGGACAGCUGCUUAAGCUUCAGGCCUUCCUCACGGAUACACUGCUUGACCAGCUGCCCAACCUGGCCGACCUGAAGGGUUUCCUGGCCCAGCUGGCCCUGGCUGAAACCCAGCCCCCUAAGAAGGACCUAGUGUUGGAACAGAUCCCAGAAAUCUGGGAUCGGCUGGAGCGGGAGAACAAAGGCAAAUGGCAGGCUAUCGCUAAGCACCAGCUGCAGCACGUGUUCAACCCCUCAGAUCAGGAUCUUCGCCGGCAGGCCCAGAGGUGGGCUGAAACCUACAGGCUGGACGUCCUAGAGGCCAUAGCUCCAGAGAGGCCCCGCUGUGCUUAUUGUAAUGCGGAGGCCUCCAAGCGCUGCUCCAGAUGCCAGAGUGUGUGGUAUUGCUGCAGGGAGUGCCAAGUCAAGCACUGGGAGAAGCACGCAAAGACGUGCGUUCUGGCAGCCCAAGGGGACAGAGCCAAGUGAAGGCUGCCGCAGCCGAGGGCCGACGGAGGAGCUCACCCAGAAUGUGACUCUGAGCCUCAGGAGCUCUGCCUGGUCCCUGUCAGACCUCAAUUUCCCUGGUGGUGAGCCCCGCUGAGUCAAGUAAAGCUGCAAACCACCACCACCCGACGUACACACAAGCAAAGACUCUUCACUUCCUGCCCCACCCAGCGAAUGCGCAGAGAACAGAACUCGGCCGCAGCAUCAGUAAACUGGCAGGCAGGGUUGGGGGGGCGUAAGCAAGGGCCGGAUGUGGAGACCCUCUUCCUUUAUCAGAGUAAAACGGACUCGUGAAAUGAA